CGGCUUGGGGGAGCUGAUAGAGUCAUGGAACGGGCACCACUGCAUCAUUUCCGAAGAGAACGGGCCCCCGGCUGCGACAAAGCCUCUCCCGCAGCCUCUCCCACGCCUUCCACGCCUCCCACGCCUCCAGCAGCAACCCAUCUGACCCCGCCAAUGGCCCGCAACGUUGCGCUACCACUAUCCAAUGAUCAAGCUUAGGCCACAGUCCAAGGUGCAUGCGUCUUACAGGCUUACAGCCAGCCAUACUCCGGAAGAAACCCGACCGUUCCGGCCGGUGCUUUGCGCAAUAUCGCGUGCGGGUCGUGCUUGUGCUCAAAUGGAUAAGGGCAUCUCGCUUCUCGAUAGUAUUAGUGUCAUCUGGCAUCUACAUCUCGGCCGGCGGACGUAUACCGGCCUCAGCGUUGGCUCGUGGUGCCACGAUCAAUGGCGGCUGGUGGGUCCACCUGACCCUCGCCGGGGGCUCCGAAUUACCCUAAUCGCGGCGCCGGGCCAUUCCUCAGUCGAUUUCAGAUCACAGACCUCUUCACAGUUCACCGUUCCCAGGAUCUUCUGGUGCGAUUCUCGAUGCACCCAGACACGCCUGGGGCCGGCGGGUUUGACUCGAAUAGGAAUGGCGUCAGCAACUGUCGGGUUUGUGGCACAUGGGAUUGGACCUCACCGGCGUUAUCGAUCUGCUGAUUCGCCAACUCAUCGGAGACUUGGGUUCCGUAAAUCCUUCUUCUCCUCCCAAACGUUAUCGCCUUUCCCGACUAGGAAAAUGCAGGCAUCGCUUCUAUAUGAAUGGUACUCAGCCCGCAUCUUUCCUGUCAUUCCUGGCCAUUCAUCUUCAGCAAUCUCACCUCUCCUUGGAUAAACAACCACGGAAAUAAUGCUAUCAACGUUGGUGUGGUCAUACUACAUGGCUCGGAGACUCUUUCCGUAUUUGUCGACUGACCGUCUUGUACAAUUCACAACCACU